AUGAGAACAGCCAGGAUUCAGCUUGAAUGGGUUAUCCCAUGGCUCACUCUCUACAUUGGACUAACUGCAGCCAACGUUGGCAUGCCAAUGUCCAAAAUGCCAACAAUUCAAGAAGUGAGACCCGCUCACAAUGGCCAGAUCUGCAGUACAUGGGGAAACUAUCAUUUUAAGACUUUCGAUGGAGAUUUCUUCCAGCUUCCCUCCCCUUGCAACUACAUCCUUGCGUCCCAGUGUAAGGGAAGCUACAGCAGUUUUAACAUCCAGUUCCAACGGCAGGAGAUGAAUGGGGUCACCUCCAUACAGAAGGUCACCAUGAAACUGGAUGGGGCCGUUGUGGAAUUAGACAAGACUUCCAUCAAAGUCAAUGAUGAACCUAUCAAUAUACCAUUCAGCCAGGUUGGCAUUUCAAUUGAAAGAACUGUCUCCUAUGUCAAAAUCGAGGCAAAGCUUGGCUUGGUCGUCUACUGGAAUGAAGAAGACGCCCUCUGGAUUGAGCUGGAUGCAAAAUUCAAGAAUGAGACCUGUGGCCUGUGUGGUGACUACAACGGAAUCCAGAUUUAUGAUGAGUUCAUCAUAGCAGACACAGGGGAGCAUGUAAGCCUUGAAAAUUAUGGAGAUGCCUGGACACUCAAUGGUCCUAAUGAAGAGUGUGAAGACGUCCCCUCUCCAGCCACAAAGACCUGUGAAAAAGAAAAAUCCACCUGUGUGAACCUGCUGUCAGUACCUGCCUUCCACAGCUGUCAAAACCUGAUUGAUGACGACUCUUUCAUCGACGCCUGUGUGAAGGACUUGUGCAGCUGUAACAGCAGCACUUCAUGCGUGUGUUCAACCAUAUCAGAGUACUCCCGUCAGUGCGCUCAUGCAGGGGGGAAACCAAAGAAAUGGCAGACCGCCCUAUUUUGUGCAAAAGCAUGCCCUUUCAACAUGGAGUAUAAAGAAUGCGGGAGUCCCUGUAUUGACAGCUGCAGCAGCCCACAGACAAGCGAAGUGUGUGAGGAUCACUGCGUAGAUGGAUGCUUCUGUCCAUCUGGGACUGUCUUUGACGACAUUACAAAAAGUGGGUGUAUUGCUGUUGACGAGUGCACCUGCCAACAUGAUGGCAAGCCAUACCCACCAGGGAAAUCAUAUUCAAGGGCAUGUCAAAAAUGCACCUGUACCAAGGCUCAGUGGCGCUGUAACGAUAUGGACUGUCCUGGAAUCUGCUCCGUGCUGGGUGGCUCCCACAUCUCCACCUAUGAUGAUAAAACUUAUGCUUUCCAUGGAGACUGCUCUUAUGUUCUCUCAAAGGAAACUAAUGGGACUUUCAGUGUCCUUGGUGACCUGGCCAAAUGUCAAAGAUCAGAGGAAUCAACUUGCCUGAAUGCAAUCACCCUAGUACUGCCUAAACACUUGAUGAUUGUAAUUGAAGCUAACGGACAGGUUCUGUAUAACAAACUGAUCUCUCCGCUGCCUCUUUUAAUGGAUGACGUAACAAUCUUCAAACCAUCCACAUUCUUCAUUGUAAUCCACACCAGCUAUGGGCUUGAUCUCGAGGUUCAGCUUUUGCCCAUCAUGCAGGUCUACAUCAAAGCCAGUGUUUCCAAUAAGGGAAAACUCAGGGGUCUUUGUGGAGAUUUUAAUGAUGUGGAAGCUGAUGACUUCAAAACCACAAAUGGAUUGAUUGAGGGAACGGCUGGGACAUUUGUCAACACAUGGAAGACUAAAACAAGCUGCCCUGAUGUGGCAAACACACUUAAGGACCCCUGUGCUUUGAACAUAGACAAGGAGAAAUAUGCCAAAAACUGGUGCCCGCUGCUGUCAGACCCACAAGGGGUCUUUGCAACGUGCCAUUCUGAAAUAAACCCAGAAGACUAUGAAACUGCUUGUAUUUAUGACACCUGCGCCUGUCAGAACAGUGAGGAGUGUAUGUGUGCUGCUAUAUCCUCCUAUGUCCAUGCGUGUGCCGCUGAAGGUGUCUUAUUGAAUGGAUGGAGGGAUACCAUGUGCCGUAAGACUUGCCCUGCUACUUUUGUGUAUGGCUACCAAAUGACAAGCUGUGGUCGCACCUGCCGCUCUCUCAGUCAGUCAGACUUAACAUGUGAGGUUGACUUUACCCCAAUUGACGGCUGUGGCUGUGCUGAAGGAACUUACCUGAAUGAAAAGGGACUUUGUGUGACAGCCUCACAAUGCUCCUGCCUCGUGGGAGACAAGCUGGUACGCCCCAAGCAGAGCAUCAAAGUCCAUGGUCAAAGUUGUACACAAUGUAUAUCAGGAUGUGUAUGCCCUGCUGACCUGGUGUCUGAUGGCAAAGGAGGCUGCAUUAAGGAGGAGAAGUGUCCCUGCACAUUUAAUGGAGAAUCCUUUACUUCUGGACAGACUGUCACUGUGAACUGCAAUACCUGCACUUGCAAAAGCAGAAUGUGGGAAUGUACAGCUCAUGAGUGUGAUGGAACCUGUACCAUAUAUGGAGAAGGUCAUUACAUCACUUUUGAUGAAAAGAAAUUCUCCUUUAAUGGGGACUGUGGCUACAUCUUCACUCAGGAUUACUGUGGGGAUGAUAACCAAGGCACCUUUAGGGUCCUGACUGAGAACAUCUUAUGCGGAAGUGGAAGCAUCUGCUCCACUGCUAUCAAGCUCUACUUAGGGGACAAAGAAAUAAUUAUUUCAGAGGAAAACGUCCGAGUUAUCCAACAAAGCAAAGGGGUGGACAUUCCCUUUAAAGUCCACACUAUGGGCAUAUAUCUUGUCAUUGAGGCAAAGAAUGGACUUGUUCUCAUUUGGAAUAAGAAAACAACACUCAUGAUCAAACUCAAGUCCACAUUCAAGGGAAAAGUCUGUGGUCUGUGUGGAAAUUACGAUGGGAAUAUCAAGAACGAUUUUACCACCAGAAACAAAGGAGUUGUGGUUGAAGCCCUUGAGUUUGGAAACAGCUGGAAAAUGUUAGAUUCCUGCCCGAAUACAAUUGCACUAAACAAUCCCUGUAGUCUGUACUCACACAGGCAGGCAUGGGCAUUUAAACACUGCAGCAUUAUCAACAGUCAUGUAUUUGCUCAGUGCCACAAAAAGGUGGAUCCAAAAAACCAUUAUGAUGCUUGUGUGAGAGACACUUGUUCCUGCAACACGGGAGGAGAUUGUGAGUGUUUCUGCUCGGCUGUAGCAGCCUACGCAGCAGCCUGUAAUGAUGCCGGAGCCUGCGUGAAAUGGAGAACUCCCACGAUCUGCCCUAUAUUCUGUGACUUUUACAACCUUGAUGGAGAGUGUGAAUGGCACUAUGAACCUUGUGGGAAACCAUGCAUGAAGACAUGCAGAAAUCCCUCAGGAGUAUGCUUUAAUCACAUUCCAGCAUUAGAAGGCUGCUAUCCAAGUUGCCCGCCUGAACGAUCUUAUUUGGAAGAAGUUACCAUGAAGUGUGUGCCACAGAUGGAAUGUGGCUGCUAUGACAACGAAGGGAAGCAUUAUAAAGAAGGGGAGCGCAUGCCUCCAAAAGAAAACUGUCACAACUGUUAUUGUUCUUCAACAAAGAUGGAGUGCAGCUAUGACAAGCUAGUCACAGAAGAAUCUACAACAAAAACCACAGUCACAGGAAAGACCACAACCACAGAGAAACCUACCACAACAAUGGAAACAACCCCAGCUGACUGCUCUGUAAAUUGUAAAUGGUCAGAUUGGAAAAACAAUAAUUACCCUGACACUAAAUCAGAGGGUGGAGAAUAUGAAACCAUUACAAAAAUUGCUGAUCAAGAUUCGAGUGUUUGCAGAAAACCUGUAGAAAUAGAAUGCAGAGCAAAAGAAAACAAAGAUGUAUCUUUGAAAGAUCGACAACCUAACGUUAUAUGCAAUGUAACGAAUGGACUGAUAUGUCAUAACAAAGACCAAUUGCCACUUAAGUGUUAUGACUAUGAAAUACGAGUGAAAUGUUGCGAAAACAUAUGUCCGCCUUCAACCACAAGCCCACCAACAACAACAACAGAACAACCCACCACAACCACAGUCACAGAAGAAUCUACAACAAAAACCACAGGCACAGAAAGCCCCACCACAACAACCACAGUCACAGAAACCCCAACAACAACAACAACAGAACAACCCACCACAACCACAGUCACAGAAGAAUCUACAACAAAAACCACAGGCACAGAAAAACCCACCACAACAACCACAGUCACAGAAACUCCUAGCACAACCAAAGAGAAUCCUACCACAACCACAGUCACAGAAAUCACAGAAGAAUCUACAACAAAAACCACAGUCACAGGAAAGACCACAACCACAGAGAAACCUACCACAACAAUGGAAACAACCCCAGCUGACUGCUCUGUAAAUUGUAAAUGGUCAGAUUGGAAAAACAAUAAUUACCCUGACACUAAAUCAGAGGGUGGAGAAUAUGAAACCAUUACAAAAAUUGCUGAUCAAGAUUCGAGUGUUUGCAGAAAACCUGUAGAAAUAGAAUGCAGAGCAAAAGAAAACAAAGAUGUAUCUUUGAAAGAUCGACAACCUAACGUUAUAUGCAAUGUAACGAAUGGACUGAUAUGUCAUAACAAAGACCAAUUGCCACUUAAGUGUUAUGACUAUGAAAUACGAGUGAAAUGUUGCGAAAACAUAUGUCCGCCUUCAACCACAAGCCCACCAACAACAACAACAGAACAACCCACCACAACCACAGUCACAGAAGAAUCUACAACAAAAACCACAGGCACAGAAAGCCCCACCACAACAACCACAGUCACAGAAACCCCAACAACAACAACAACAGAACAACCCACCACAACCACAGUCACAGAAGAAUCUACAACAAAAACCACAGGCACAGAAAAACCAACAACAACCACAGUCACAGAAACUCCUAGCACAACCAAAGAGAAUCCUACCACAACCACAGUCACAGAAAGCCCAACAACAACAACAACAACAACAACAACAACAACAGAACAACCCACCACAACCACGGUCACAGAAGAAUCUACAACAAAAACCACAGGCACAGAAAAACCCACCACAACAACCACAGUCACAGAAACUCCUAGCACAACCAAAGAGAAUCCUACCACAACCACAGUCACAGAAAGCCCAACAACAACAGGUGGAGAAUAUGAAACCAUUACAAAAAUUGCUGAUCAAGAUUCGAGUGUUUGCAGAAAACCUGUAGAAAUAGAAUGCAGAGCAAAAGAAAACAAAGAUGUAUCUUUGAAAGAUCGACAACCUAACGUUAUAUGCAAUGUAACGAAUGGACUGAUAUGUCAUAACAAAGACCAAUUGCCACUUAAGUGUUAUGACUAUGAAAUACGAGUGAAAUGUUGCGAAAACAUAUGUCCGCCUUCAACCACAAGCCCACCAACAACAACAACAACAGAACAACCCACCACAACCACAGUCACAGAAGAAUCUACAACAAAAACCACAGGCACAGAAAGCCCCACCACCACAACCACAGUCACAGGAAAGACCACUAUUGAAUCUCCAUCCUCAACACCUUCAACUCUUCAGUCUUCAACACCGGGCAGAACAACUGUAUGUUUUUGCAAGUACAUGGAUCAAAUCUUUUCUCCUGGUAGCUUCAUGUACAACAAGACUGAUGGAGCAGGCUGGUGUUUCACUGCGUAUUGCAAUUCGACAUGCAAUGUGGAGAAGCGUGCUAGACAGUGUCCCUUUACUACUCCAUCAACUCCUACCAGUACCACAACAAGCUCUGGCACUACAACACAAAUUGGCUCAACAUCAGCUACUGUAAUUACAGUAACCACAACGAAGCCCCCCACUAAAGACUGUUUGUAUCUCGAGCCAACUAGAAAGGAUGGUGAGUCCUGGAAUCCAAACAAGUGCACCACAGAAACAUGUAAAGACGCAACAGUUAUAAAAGUACAUGUGCAAUGUAAACCAGUGACCAAGCCUGUAUGUGAAAAUGGACAACCACCAGUGAAGGUUUAUGAUGAAAGCGGCUGCUGUUUCCACUAUGACUGCAAAUGUGUUUGCGCUGGCUGGGGAGAUCCUCAUUAUCUGACAUUUGAUGGCCAGUAUUACAGCUUCCAGAAAAACUGCACAUAUGUCCUCGUCAAAGAGAUCAUUCCUCGACACAACUUAAGCAUUCUUAUCAACAACGAAAACUGUGAUGCCUCUGGACUUGUGACCUGUCCUAAAUCCUUGAUUGUGAAUUACAAAAACUAUGAAGUUAUUUUUACACAGCAAAGAACCCCAAAACUCGCGUUCGUCAAUGGCAAGCAGGUAGUCCCAACCUACUUUAAUGAUGACUUCACCAUAACAAGUUCAGCAAUUCAGCUGCUUUUGAAAAUCCCGGAAAUUGAGGCAGUUGUGAUUUUCAAAGCGUUUACAUUCACGGUUGACUUGCCAUUUUCCCUUUUCCACAACAACACAGAGGGACAGUGUGGUGUCUGCGACAAUAACAAAAAAAACGACUGCAGAUUACCAAAUGGCAAGAUUAAUCCCGCUUGCUCUCAGAUGGGAGAGUGGCGUGUACAUGAUAAGAAUAAGCCAUAUUGUGACAAUCUACCUCCUACCACAACAUCAACUCCAACAUCAACACCAACACCCUGCGAAGCCGAUUUUUGUGAAAUUCUGAUGAGCGAGGUGUUUAAGGAAUGCCACAAAGUAAUCUCACCACGACCAUUUUAUGAGAGCUGUAAAUUUGAUGUUUGCCAAAUGGGAAAUAACACCAUCGGUUGUUCCAGUAUGGAGACAUACGCCAGCAUGUGUGCUGCCUGUCCAAACUGGAGGGAUGCUACAAAUGGACAGUGUGAAUUUAAAUGUCCAGGAAAUAAGGUCUACAAGCCUUGUGGGCCAACUGUUGUACCAACUUGCAAUGCAAGAUACAAUGAGAAGUAUGUACAACAAUGCCACGAACAAAAUGUCAACCGGAGCCAAGACUGUAAUGCCGUGAUGGAGGGAUGUUUCUGCCCAGAGGGGAUGACUUUGUUCAGUUCAAAAUCUGACCUCUGUGUCUCCACAUGUUGCACUGGACCUAAUGGCGAACCCAAACCGCCUGGUGAGACUUGGAAGAGUGGCUGUAAGCAGUGUGUUUGUGAUGACGACACUCAGGGUGUUCAGUGUGAGCCACUUACAUGUCCCACUCAAGAACCAAUAAAGUGCAAUGAGGAAGGUGAGGUGUUGGUGAACCGCACAGUGGACUGCUGUCAAAAACUGUCCUGUGAAUGUGAUAACAAACACUGUUCGCCAAUUCCGAAGUGCAAACAAGGAUUUGAGUUGGAUAUCAACACGACAAAUGGCUCGUGCUGCCCGUCUUACGACUGUGUACCCAAAGGCGUCUGUGUCUUCAAUGAUACUGAGUACAAGCCCAGUAUGGAUUUCUCCAAAAGCCCAUGUGAAACAUGCAAAUGUACUGAAACUCAGGAGCCAAUAAGCAAGUUAAACAAGAUUGAGUGUGCUGUGAUGGAGUGCUCAAUAUUCUGUCCAGAGGGCUAUGUGUAUGAAACAAAACCUGGACAGUGUUGUGGAUCAUGUAAAAAGACAAGAUGUGUUAUGGAGAUUCCAGGCUUCACUUCUCCAAUAAUUAUCGAACCUUCUCAGUCUUGGUCACCACCAAAGGACAACUGUACCAAGUAUGAUUGCCGUAAAGUCAACGAUGAGUUCAUAAUCUCUGAAAGACAAACAACAUGCCCUGCAUUUAAUCCAGAGGACUGCUUUCCUGGAACCGAAGAAAUGGACACUAACGGUUGUUGCAAAACUUGUACUCUUCGUACCAACUGCCAAAUGAACAAGAACACCACCUAUCUGCAGAAAGAGAACUGCAAGUCAGUUGUGCCAGUGGAAAUCACAGCCUGUGUGGGAUACUGUGGAGAAUCCUCAUCAAUGUACUCUGCGAAGAACAACCGUUUGAUGCAUUCAUGCUCAUGCUGUCAAGAAAUGACCACCAGUGAGAAGGAGGUGGAGAUGAUCUGCGCUGACGGCAGCAAGAUAAAGCACUCCUACAUUUCAGUUGAAAAGUGUGGUUGCCAAAUCGCGAAAUGCAUGGACACCAUUGAAAACUAAGCUUAAUAGAAUGGAAAUAUACUUUUAGAAACUUCAACAAUUCCUCUUCAAAAACUACUAAACUCAAGACUCAAUAUGUAAAGACACACCUGUGUGUAUUCAGCAGCCCCAAACAAGGGCAAGUUAAAUAUUAUAAACGGCAGAGAUAUUCUCUCUUUGCACUCACUUUCUCGUGAAUUGUCAGGCAGGCAGAUCCACAUAGUGCCUCAUGAUUACGGCACAUAUUUGUGUCCUGGUGUUUCUUUUAGCUUUUGAAGAGGUUGUUCCAUUAUACAAACUGUAUGAUUUGGUUUGAGGUUUUUCAAUCUUUUAUUGUAAAUGUCUUCAGAUAUAACAGUAGUUGUGUCAUUAUUUCAACAUCAAUAUAAAUGAUCUCAUAACCUAUUGGUUAUAGAAUGUAAAGAAUAUCCAAAUUCUUUAUCCAACAUCUGAUGUGUCAAACUUCUGCAAAUCUGUAUGUCUUCAGUGUCAUUAAAACUCAU